GUGUACUUCCGCGUACAAUGUUUUUUUUUUUUUUUUACCGUCCUCCCCCAGUCUAGCCCCCACCUUUGCUCACUUCACUUCACUUGAUGACACACGACAACUUUUUCCCUACACGAAACACGAUUUAGGCGCUCGGACGGACGUUUUCUCCCUCUUUGCGGGGCGCGUUUGGGGCUCGGGCACAGCCAUGAACAUCAUCGGGGCCGAGGACGAGGACUUUGAGAAUGACCUGAACGACGUGGUGGACGAGCGCUGCUUAUUCAGUAGCAUCGAAAUGCUGAAGGAGCGCCCCGCCCACCUGCUGGUCUUCAUGCAGCACGUCAUCCUCCAGUUUGACCCGGCGCCGCUGCUUUGUUACCUCCACGCCGACCUCCUGAAGAACCUCAAUGCCAAAGAAACCAAGAAGCAGUUUGUGGAGUUCCACAACACCUUCUUGGACAAGGGCGCAAUCCUCAGAGUCGCAGUACCUCCCCGCGUAGCCAACGAACUGGACCGGACGCGCCCGGACAUGCUGUCGGAAGACAUCCUAAGACGCUAUGCCUACGAGGUCCAACUGGAGCAGGCGGGUGAGGUGGCCAAGCAGCUGGAGGACUUCCGCAAAAAGCGCAAGAUGGGGAUGACGCCCAACGAGACAGAGCUGAUCGACGUGGAGAGCCACUACCCCACCGACCGCAUCCCCAUGGAGAUGAAGGAGAAGUCGGUCGCCGAGAACCUGCUGGAUAAGAUGUCCGAGACGCAACCAACCAUCGUCUUGGAUGAAGAGAAAUGCCAGUCCAUCUUUUCGGCAGUGGCCUACUUUAUGAAGCACCUUGGAGUAAAAACCAGGGCAGUGGACAGCAAGAAGUCCCGAGGGGGCUUCUUCCGCAGUAAGCUGGUCAAGAACAAGAAGGACGAGUCCACCAAGACCAAGCCCAGGGGCGGCUUCCCAGGGAUCCCAAGCUGGAUCGCCGGCAACCCUGAGGUCAAACCUAAAACAGAAGCCGAAGCGGACAGGGAGAAAGGGAGUCAGGAGCGUAGAGGUCCAACACCCCCCCGAGGAUCCUUUGUCGACUCGACCGCGCCCCCCCUCCCCGGCAGGAAGUCCGGCUCCGGAGGCGGAGGCUCCGGCCCUCUUCCUUUGGUGGAGAUCACGGACGGGUCGGGCAACAAUGCCAGCCUGAGCAACAGCCACGAGGCCCUGCACUCUGAUGGCCUCUCCAGCAAUCGUCUGGAGCCGCUCAACUUGUCGGAAUGGGUCGACGUGUCCCCCGUGGGGCCGGGGUGCUCGCUGAGUGUCGGGGAGCCCUUCUUGGUGGGCGACGUUCCCGCGGAGGACAACCCGGAGAAGGACUGGCGCAAGACAAGUAAGAAGGUGGCACGUAGCGAGAGCGCGCGCGUGCACCGCCAGCUGUCACGGCGCCGCGGCUCAUCCCGGGCCAAACAGUUGCGCUCUCGUAGCGACGUGGACCUGCAGCCGCCGUCCGCUGGCCCCCAUUUCGAAGGAGCGGCGACGGCUGUUUCGGAUGGCUCAAGCUCGUCGCCUGCCAGCCCCGCCCCUCAGCCGGAGGAGAUGGAGCCGCGCCUCCUGGAGUUCGAGCAGGAUCCUCCCAACUGGAGGGAGCUGGCCUUGCCAGAAGCACUCUCCGGCCUCAGCAAGAAGGAGACCAAGAGGCAAGAGGUCAUCAACGAAUUGUUCGCCACGGAGCACGCCCACGUGCGCAUGCUGAGCGUCCUCCAGAUGAUCUUCUCCAAGCCUCUGGAGCGAGAGGAGCUCCUCAGCGCCACCGAGCUGGCCGCCAUCUUCCCGAACCUGGACGAGAUUAUCGAAAUGCACUAUCACUUCUAUGAGAACCUGAAGAAACUUCGUCAGGAGGACAGCUUUAUCGUCAAAUCCAUCAGCACGACUGUCCUCAACAGAUUUGAGGGCACAGAAGGGGAAUGGUUCCAGAAGCUGACAGCCCGCUUCUGCAGUCACCAAUCGUGGGCUCUGGACCAGAUCAAGAGCAGGCAGAAGAAGGAGGCUCGUUUCAACGCCUUCAUUCAGGAGGCGGAGAGCAGGCCGCAAUGUCGGAGGCUGCAGCUGAAGGACAUCAUUCCCAUCGAGAUGCAGAGGCUCACCAAGUAUCCGCUGCUACUGGAAAACAUCGCCAAGAACACAGAGGAUCCCGGCGAAAAGGAGCGCAUCCAGCAGAGCGCCGAGUGCUGCCGAAAGAUCCUCAACCAUGUCAACGAGGAGGUCAAAGUGAUGGAGAACCUUUUGACCCUCAAGGACUACCAGCGGCGAUUGGACACGUCAGGUCUCAAGCCCAGCAACGAGCUCUAUACCGAAUAUAAGAACAUCGACCUGACCCAAAAGAAGAUGCUGUAUGAAGGCCCCCUCACUUGGAAGGUCACCAAGGAGAAGGCUGUGGAGGUGCAGUGCGUGCUUCUGGGCGACCUGCUGGUGCUGCUGCAGAGACAGGACGACAAAAUGGUGCUCAAGUGCCAGAGCAAGAGCACCAUUGCAGUGCAGGAGGGCAAGCAGAUGCUCAGCCCCAUCAUCAAACUCGACUCGGUCUUCCUGCGCGAGGUGGCCACAGAUUUAAAGGCCUUCUACGUGAUCUUCACCUGGGACAGCGGCGCGCAGAUCUACGAGCUGGUGGCGCAGUCCGUGGGCGAGAGGAAACUGUGGACAAACGUGAUCAAGCAAGCAGUAGAUGAUCUGAAGAAAAGUGGCGCUCCCAUGAGGAUCCCCCUCUCUCCUGGAAGCGGAGCCACCUUCGGUCCUUCUGGGCUGAGCGCCCCUCAAAGCCCCACGGAGAAUGGCGCUUUGAAGAGCAGCGGGGAUCACGAUAAGGACAGCUUGAGCGACGACAAAUCGUCCGAUCCCCGCCACUCUCUGAUCGACUUCCUGUCUGACAAAGGCUUCGACCUCCUGGGACACUCCAACAGUGAACAGGAGAAGAUGGCCGCCAGCGCCCUGGAUGAAGUCAUGCUGCUGAAGAGGCUGCUGGUCGGGAGCAUCAGCCUGUCUGAGGACGGCGAAAAUGGGGAAGAGCCCAGCUAUGAAAUGGACAUCUGUCAAUCAACAGAAGAAGGCCCGCUGACUGAAGAGAAGGAAGUUCUUGACGCUAAAGGAGACGGGGAGAGCCUCCCCUCGGAGACGGCCAGACUGGUGUUGCCCCCGCAGAGGAUGGAGCAAGUGUGCCGGAGGCUCGUCAGACUGGAGCGGCAAAUCAAGAUGCUCCAGACUGUUGAAGAGGAACAUCACAGGCUGCAGGAGGCUUUAUCCAAGUUCUCCUUGGAAGGCGGCCACUUUGCCUAAGACGUCAGCUGCUGGCCAUAAGACUUUUUUUUUAACUGGUGCUGGUUUGGAGUGAGAGAGGCUUUUGGAUAAAUGUCCGCAAGCCUUCCCUUCGCUCGGACGGGUCCUGGAUAUUUACUGGAGGAUGAACAAGGGGAGGAAAAUGACUUUUGCGGCCAGUGCUGUGGGAUGCGUGCGGUUGUCUCAGCUCCGAGGUGGCGCUGCGGAGCAUUAUGUGGCACCGCAUACUGUCACGUAGCAUCGUGUUAGUUAGCGCGGCCUCAUGUUGAAUUGCGCGUGACCUCGCUGCAGAAUGCGACGUUGCGCAUCGCGUCAAGCUACCUGGCGUAAUGUUGCGUAGCGCUGCCUUGAUUAUACAAAGAAAGGAUUUGAACGAACCAAAAAAAAGGCUUCUUUUGAGUGCGUAUUUGCAGAGAGGUGCCAAAAACAAAAGCAACACAAUCAACACUUUUUGCUGCCUACUAAAAAGUGCUCUUCCACAUACAUACACCGCUGAACGAAUCAAGUCCCCCCACCCCCAAAAAAACACAAAGUUGCCUUAGGAAGCCAUUGUAAAGCACCGCAUGGUGUUAUUCAUUUGCCAAAGUACAACGGAAAUGCACAUCUUUUAUUCUAAUAGUUGAACAUGUGUGAGGUUGUAAAUUUUCUGGAGGCUUCUUACCGUAUCAGACAUUUUUGUCUUUAGGAAUAGGAUCGGCCAACGAGCUGUUAAUAAUGGAGAUUUUGUUUGUGUUGACUGUUAUUUAUUCCUUUUUGGGACGCAAGGCAGCGCUGGGCCAGACCGGGAGCAUAAACGUAGACGUGAAAGCCAAGGUAGAAUGUAGAACAAGUGCGACAGUUUGGUUAGCGCGAACAAGAUGUAAGUCGACGAUUAUUGUCCUAAUAACAACGGAAAAUGUCAAAGUAGGGUAGGAAAGUCUAAUAAAUAAUGUACUUUCUCAAAUAGUGCCCACCACUAUUUGGAGGAGCAGGCAAAGUACACAAAGGAAAAACUGGGGCCUAGCGCUGCUACCGUUGCAGAUUAGGUAAAUCCAUAACAGCAUUUGCGUUGAUGACAGUAUAUUUAUAGAUUAGGCCGUGCAUGACCAAAAAUGACUCUCUAUUUUACGCUAAAUGAAUGGGGAGAGUGAGUACGUUUUGCCUGGCAGCCAGUCAAAAGGCUCACUAAAAACACAGCCUUAAACAAAACAUUUCAAAAGUCUGCGUGGCGUUAUGUCGCCUAGCGAUGCCGCACAGCGUUCCCACCAGGCAGCGUACGUGACUUCUUAGCGCUGCGUUACAUUAUUAGCGUUAGCUCACGAAACAUUAACUGCCUUUGCGAAUUGACCAGUGUCGCCGAACAUUUUAUUGCAUUGCGCUUGUUAAAGAAAUGAGCCGCAAGUCCAAAAAAAUACAGCAGCCAGGAGCCCUUUUUUAAUGUGUGUAGUUGCAGAAGGGUGCUCAGUCUAAACUCUGUUUUGGCAGGAAACAGCAGCGCUUGGUAGGCCAUGGAUUGAAAUCCAAUGCAACAAAAUGGACACUCGAGUCGGAAAAUGUUCUGAACGUUCUUAUUGUAUUAGAUGGGGGGCCUUCACGUAAUAAUCUCUGCUCUGAGUACCAUGUUGGAAUUGGCCAAAUGAUGACAAUUUAGCACUAGCAGCUUGUAUCAUAUUUGCUGAAUGUACCAUAGGUUUUUCUCUUAUACGCAAUGACUAUGCAAGAAGUAUACUGUGUAUUUUGGGUUUUGAUUUUACUGAGGCUGUUGAAAUGAUGUACACUUCAAGGAAAACAAAUGUGGUACGUUGUUGUUUUAUAAUAAAUUGGGGAAAUAAA